CAACUUUAGACAGUCGCACACUCCGCAACAACCGAUCGAAAGAGAAGCAAAAAAGGCAAUAAAAAGAGUCGAAAAUAAUCGAGAAUGAAUUUGCUCCAGUUUCAUCCAUUAAUAGUAAGAGCAGGCAGGAGCAGAACAGAAGACAGAGAAAGGCAAGGCAAAAAAAGGAAAGCAUCAAAUAUAAUGGCUUUUUCUAUUAUUGUCGCGCCUGUUACCGCUGCUCCCCUAUUACUAGUGGCGCUGGAAACCCCAUCUCGCCGUCACGGACUCUCCGCUGGCUCCCUCCGGUUCUCGCCGGCACUGCCGAUGACGCUCCGCCGUAGAAGGGCUUCCAGGUCCUCGGCCGUGGUCGAGACCUCCGACACAGCUCAAGAGAAGGAUGAGAGGGUGGGUUCAGAUCUUAAAGUGAUUCUAAAGAGAUUCUGGAAGAUUGCUGCACCUUACUGGUCGUCUGAGGACAAAGUCCAGGCUAGGCUUAGGCUGGCUGCUUUAUUUGCCCUAACCUUGGGAACAACUGGGAUUAGUGUUGGAUUCAACUUUCUUGGACGUGAUUUCUACAAUGCACUUGCUAGUAAGGAUCAAGAACAAUUCACCAAGCAGCUUAUGUAUUAUUUGGGAGCCUUUGCUGGAGGUAUUCCGUUUUUUGUCAUAAGAGAUUAUGCGCGAGAAACUCUUUCCUUGAGAUGGAGAUCUUGGAUGACAAGUCACUACAUGCAACGCUAUUUUAAAAAUCAGACAUUCUACAAGAUCCAAUCUCAAUCAAUUGUUGAUAAUCCAGACCAACGGAUUGUAGAUGAUCUAAGUUCUUUUACUGGAACUGCUCUUUCAUUUUCUUUGACUCUGUUCAAUGCAGCCAUUGACUUGAUAUCAUUCAGCAACAUUCUAUAUGGAAUUUAUCCACCAUUAUUUGGUGUACUUAUUGUUUACUCUCUUGGUGGUACAGCUUUAAGUGUUUUUCUUGGGAAGGGCUUAGUCACUCUGAAUUUCAUGCAAGAGAAGAAAGAAGCAGAUUUCCGAUAUGGACUUGUGAGAGUUCGUGAAAAUGCCGAGUCGAUUGCCUUUUAUGGAGGCGAGCAAAAUGAAAUGCAACUUCUACUGCAGCGUUUUAAAAGUGCUUUUGAGAAUUUAACUGAACUAUUGGUUGCAUCUCGAAAUCUUGAGUUUUUCACCGAUGGUUACCGUUAUUUGAUUCAAAUUCUUCCUGCUGCAGUUGUUGCUCCUAUGUACUUCUCAGGAAAAAUUGAAUUUGGGGUGAUCAACCAAUCUGUUUCUGCUUUCAAUCAUAUACUAAGUGAUUUUUCAUUAGUCGUGUUCCAAUUUCAAGCCAUCAGUGCCUUCUCUGCUGUAAUAAAUCGUCUUGGGGAAUUUGAUGAUGUUUUAGAUGAUAGUGAAGCAUACAUAACAAAGCCUGAGGAUACUGAUCGAGUUAAUAUUCAGUUUGGUGACAAGGAUCCAUCUUUGUUGGUUUCUAAUGGAUCUGUUUCUCAGUUCAGGCAUCACAAGUUAUUAAAGAUUGAAAAUCUAACAUUACAAACACCUAGAACGAAGAAUGUGCUUAUCACUGAUUUAUCUAUGGAGAUCAAUGACAAGGAGCAUUUACUGGUAAUGGGACCAAGUGGAAGUGGUAAGACUUCAUUUUUACGAGCUCUUGCUGGUCUAUGGAAUACUGGUAAGGGAAGUAUCAUAUUCAAUAUAGAAGAUACUGUUUUGUCAAGAUCACAAAAUGCAAUGAAGGCAGAUGAAGAACAAAGAGGAUCCAGAAACAGUAGAGUUUUUUUCCUUCCCCAAAAGCCAUAUAUGGUUUUGGGCACACUUCGGCAACAACUGCUUUAUCCAACUUGGAGUGAGGAAAUGGACCCUACCUCAAAUGAUUCUGCUGGUUCUCUGCCAUUCUUAUCUCAAGUACCAAACUUAGGGGGUAAAUCCAAUAAGCCUCAGAAGCCAACAGUUGACGAUAUGAAACAAGUGCUUGAAAUUGUUCAACUUGGAGAUAUAUUGUUUCGUUUCAAUGGUUUGGAUUCCAUAUAUGAAUGGUCUAGUGUUCUUUCACUUGGUGAACAACAGCGACUUGCAUUUGCUCGCUUGUUACUCGCAAAGCCAAAAUUAGUUUUGUUGGAUGAAUCUACAAGUGCAUUAGACGACGACAAUGAGGCCCACAUGUACAGACGGAUUGCAGAAGCAGGAAUAACCUAUGUCAGUGUCGGACAUCGGCAAACACUUAGAAACUACCAUAAGAAGAUCUUAUACAUAUCCCAGUAUGAUCCAAAUCAGAGCAACAAACAGAACUGGCGUCUUGAUUCCAUCAGCGAAACAGCAAAAGAAGCAAAUCCAGCAUAAUUACCGAUGAGGCAGUAGCUCUCUCUUCACCUAUUGAAAGCUACUUGGCUGCCAGAGUAAACUAUCAGCUACUGGCCCAUCGCAGUGCUUGAAACAGACAGAAACCUUGUUCAUGAUGCUGUCCGUCGGGAUAUACAACGUCUAAAAAUCCUUUGCUGCUUCUGGAAAUUUAGCUCAGAGCUUCGAUAGAUAAUGCUUUCCCAUGACAGAUGUGCUCCCUUUUUUUUCUAGGAUACGAUAACAAAUAGUUUCAGCCUUCCUCUUUAUUCACGAUAUAUUGGAUUACCACCAGAUGACUAAUGUAGAGAUUGGCCUUUUUUCUCUUCUAUGUAAACUUAAAAUUAAUAUUAGAAGUUAGAAUGCACAUGAUAUCUACAACUACUUUGCAAGUGUGUUUCAUGGCAACGUGAUCCAAAGCAUGUAAGAAUUUGGCAAUAACUCUUCUCUUCAUUGUAUUCAAAGAUUUGCCCUUCA